AUGCAAAUAACAGGAAAACUGAGUGCAAUUCUGAUUGGUGUCCAGAAGGGGAACAGUGAUUGGCCAAACUCUCAGUCCUUGACAACAGGGUGGGGACCUCCAAGCGGCAGUCAGGAGAACUCUGGCAGUAUCUUCGAACGUCAUAACGCCUCGCCGUCUCCUGUCCCGGACCCUAGGCAGCACCGCCCCCUCGGCAGCACCGCCGUCCAUCCGGCCGACUCGCCGUCUCCCGCUCCGGGCCUCCCACCACCCGCCCAAAGCACCGCCCCCUCAGCAGCACCGCCGACCAUCCGAAUGACUCGCCAUCUCCCGUCCCCGCCUCCCCACAGGCCCCUCUGCUGUCGCCGACUCGGCAGCACCGCCGACUGUCCGGCCGCCUCACCCUCGCCCCGCCCCCUCGGCAGCAGGGCCGUCUCCCGUCCCCGCCCCUCCCUACCGGCCCGAAACCCCGCCACCUCUGGAGGCCCUCCCUACCGGCCCAAAGCUCCGGCCGCCUCGCCGUCUCCCGCCCCGGCCUCCCCUAAGGUCCGAAGCCCUUCCCCUCGGCAGCACCGCCCCCUCGGCAAGACCAGCGACCGUCCGGCCGCCUGGCCCACUCCCGCCCCGGCCUCCACACCGGCCCGAAGCCCCGCCCCUUCAACAGCACCGCCUUCUCCGGUCCCCGCCCCUCCCCACCUACCCAGAGCCCCGCCCCCUCGCCAUCUCCCGCCCCGGCCUCCGCUCUGGCUCAAGCCCCGCCGCGGCCGCGAGCAUCAACACUCCGCCGCCCGAAGCCCGUCACCUGUUCUCACCAACCCUCCCACUCCCUGA